CAGAUAUAAUAUGGCAUUCUUCUGACCUGCCAGCCUAGUAACCCUAUCAGAAAGAAAAAUAAGGUCCAUCUGGCAAGAACGCGUUCUGGAUGAAAAUUAUUAGGAGUACCAGUUACGGUGCAGCAGGACAAGAAACAGAACGUCUAAGCAAAGAGUGUGGGCGCUGGGACCCAUAGUGGAAGGAGCACCAGAGACAAACACAGCCCAUUCAUGCCGACAGCUGAUGAGGCUGGGAAGCAGCAUACAGGGCCUGAGGAGGCGGACAGGCCCCCUUCUAUGUCCCGAAAUGAUCCGGCCCCUCUGGCUCCUUCCCGGCCCAAUGCCUGCUGCUUCUGCUGGUGCUGCUGCUGCAGCUGUUCAUGGAAUGAAGAGCGGCAACGGGCUUGGAAAACCUCUAGAGAGACCAGACUGGAGACCAUCCCCAACUGUGAAACUUGCACCAAGCCCAGCCAAGAGGAGGUCCAGAGCUGGGCCAAGUCUUUUGACAAGCUAAUGAAGAAUCCUGCUGGCCGCAAUGUGUUCCGGGAGUUCCUUCGUACGGAAUAUAGUGAGGAGAACAUGCUCUUCUGGCUGGCCUGUGAGGAACUCAAGGGAGAAGGCAACAAGCAAGCCAUCGAUGAGAAGGCUCGGCUUAUCUACGAGGACUAUAUUUCCAUCCUCUCUCCCAAAGAGGUGAGUCUGGACUCCAGGGUACGGGAAGUCAUCAACAAAAAGAUGCAAGAGCCAUCAUCCCAUACGUUUGAUGAUGCCCAGCUACAGAUCUACACCCUCAUGCAUAGGGACUCCUACCCUCGCUUCCUGAACUCUGCCUUCUACAAAGCCCUGCUCCUCAGCACCUCAAGGUCCUCCUCUGAGUCCUAGGACAGCCUCCCUCCCCCCAGAAAGAAAGGGGGCAGCCUAGACUCUUAAUUCUACGCCACCUAGAGUGACAAGAUCUGGCUACUUUGGAAAAUGGGACCAAGGGGGCAGCCUAGACUCUUAGUUCUGCGACAUCUAGAGGGACAAGAUCUGGCCACUUUGGAAAACGGGACCAAGGGGACAUAUUGUACCUAUGCCCCCACUUUUAGAGAAACCUGAAGUUUUUCACACAGAAUUGUCCUCUGGCCCCUGAGGUCACUGCCCACUACCUGUACUACAGUGUUGGACCAACUUAUCUUCACAACCUCAGGCCUGACUUUGUUAAUAAUAGCUCCCAUUUCUAUAGCGCUACCUGGUUUACAAAAGUGCUUUCCUCACAACAACCCUGAGAGGUAGGUAUUGCAAGUAUUUUCUCCAUUUUACAGAUCAGGAAACUGAGGCUUUCAAAGAGGUUAUAUGACUUGGCCAGGGUUACAUGGUUAAUAAGCGGCAGAGCAGAGACUCGAACCUAGGUCUUCUGACUCCAAGUCCAGUGCUCUUUCCACACCACCACAAUGCCUCUUUUACUACUGAACCCCCUCAAGUAGGGAUCCACAGGACUCUCAGGAGAACUGGGUAUUCAUGGCAGAGUGGGGAAGUGGAGGGUGUUGUGGGGCAAAAGGCCAGCCCUGCUCAGAAGAAUCUGCUGCUUUUCUUUUUUAAAUGGUCACUUUAUGCUCCCUCCUCUAGUCCUAUCUUCUGGCCAUCAACCUCCCCCCCAAGAAGGGAAGGUUUAGUAUUAUUUUUUUUCCAAGUCUCUGUAUAAAGAAGUGUCAAGUUUACAAAGCACUUGCCGAGGCCAGCUCCAUGCUGAUAGCGACACUGAACUGGGGGAUGUGGGGGGAUGGAGCUCUAAAAUCCUCUCCCUCUUUCCCUCUCCAUACCCACAUGUUACAGUAGAAUUUAAAAAGAAAGAAAAGAAAGAAGGAGCAAGUCCAUAAUACUACCCAACAGCCACCUCCAUCCCUAGAGCAACAGGAUUCUGGUAGGAAGUAGGUACGACAGACAUGUACUCAAGCUAGGGUUGUGUCUUCCCCCACUUAGAAAGGUCCUCAAGACAGUAUCCCACACAUACACACACACACACACCUCAGUUUCCUAUUGGUAAUUUCUUGUGGCUUUGAGAUCCUGCCAUGCCCAAGUGACAGGAACUGUCUGUCCCCAUUCCCUGCUUCCUCCCAUCUGUCCUCUUUAAAGCCCUGGGUUUAAAAAAAAAAAAAAAGUGUGCCCUGGGGAGGCAGGGAAAAAUUGUUAAGGGGGAGGAGUGUAGGGGGAAGAAUGAUCCUGUAAUAGAGGCUCUGCCCAAGUCCUCAGCUGAGAAGUCUUUCUUUCUCAUGCUAGUCAGCUGGGACAGGGGAGUUCUAACUAACCAUUUUUGGGUAAAUGCUUUGGCAUCCCUUCCCCCACUCUCCCAGUAGCCUCCCAGUCAGGCUCCUUGAUUUCCCAUCCCCACCCCUACCCCCCCUUUUCUAUGACCCCAAACUCCUUCCCUGAACCCCUUUACUGCACAUGGGUAGCCUCUCACACCUGGCUCAUAAGAAGAGGGCUAGAAGCCAGGCUAUUGCCCACUUUUUACUCCCCCCUUCCAAUCCCAGCCAGCCUAGAGUCCUGUGCCAAAUUCUCAGAGGCCACCAGAUAGAAAUUCAACCCUUGAGCCAGAUGAACCUAGGCCUCUGAAGAUCCCUCUCUGGAGCUCUGAGCCUGAUCCUCAUAGACCCUGAAAGCUCCAAUUGGGGAAGCUACUUGAGGUCACAACUUGAGCAGACCUUUUUUUUUUGGGGGGGGGGUGCCUGUAAGGAAAGAGACCAUGGGGCCAUUAAUUUAUAAACGAAUAUACUAGGCUCCCCCCUUUUCCCAGAUUUGCAGGGGAGGAAGCCAAGUCACUGAAGAAAUUCUUUGGUGGGAAAUAUAUUCUACCUAGGGAUAUAUUUUUGUAAGGUAAAAACCAUUUACUCAAACUCAGGCUGUCUGUCUACAUUCCCAACCUUCUACCCCUGUGCCAGCCAUUCCAGGAAGAAACCACUGAUACCCUACUCAAGCCCUAGAAAAUUACUGGUCUCUCAAGUUUAUUUUGUAUUUUCAUAUCAUUUCUAAGUCUGCCAGGCUGUGAAAACUAUAGUCUUUCCUGUAUGUUUUAGGGGUGGCGGGGGAGGGGGGACAUGGUUUUAAUAUUUAUCACCCCCAAACUUAGAAUGUUCUUUUUAUUGAAAAUAUUUUUUAAACAAAAA